AUGACGGCGGCACGACUUAUCAUCGCACUGUUGCUAUCCUUUGGAGCCUGUGUCCCUGUUUCGGACAACGCAAAGAGACAAGAUGCCGCAUUUGACUAUGUCAUCGUGGGCGGAGGCACAGCAGGCCUUACACUUGCGGCCAGGCUUUCUGAGGACCCGUCUACCUCAGUUGCUGUCAUCGAGGCCGGCACUUAUUACUCAAUCACAGAUCCUUUGCUAGCUUCGACUCCAGCAGGCGACACACUUUUUGCCGGGAGUUCUCCCACUGACACGAACCCGCUUGUAGACUGGGACUUCGUCACUACACCUCAGACAGGCGCAAAUAAUCGCCCGAUUCGCUACCCACGGGGUAAAUGCCUAGGAGGCAGCUCAGCCCUCAACUUCAUGAUUUAUCAACGUCCAGACACUGGCUCUAUGCAACUCUGGGCUGACGCAGUCGGAGAUCAAAGCUACACCUUCGAGAACAUGUUACCUUACUACAAGAAGAGCGUGCAAUUCACGCCACCUGAUACGAACCUGAGAGAUCCCAAUGCAACGGCCCAGUAUGAUGCCAGCGCGUUCGAUUCAACUGGUGGACCUCUGCGGGUGUCCUAUGCCAACUACGCACAGCCAUUCUCCAGCUAUCUCCAGCCGGCAAUGGAAGAGAUUGGAAUCGCCGCAGCCAAGGACUUCAACAGCGGGGCUGUUAUGGGCGCACAGUAUUGCAGCUCGACCAUUAAUCCUGAUAACGAAAAUCGGGACUCGUCCCAGACCUCAUUUCUCAGCGCGGCAGAGUCGAGGCCGAAUCUUCAGAUUUAUCACUCAACUAAGGCGAGCAAGGUCCUCUUUGAUGGGAAUAAGGCUGCCACAGGCGUGUUGCUCGAUUCCAACUUGACGCUCUCGGCCAACAAAGAGGUCAUUCUCUCGGCAGGGGCAUUUCAAACUCCUCAGCUCCUGAUGCUCUCAGGGAUUGGGCCUGCCGAGACGCUUGAGAGAUUCGACAUUCCCGUUCUUGCUGACCGGCCCGGUGUGGGACAGAACUUGACAGACCACAUCUUCUUUGGGCCAUCGUACCGCGUCAACGUGCAAACGCUCACGUACCUCGCCAACAACCUUCUGUACGUCACUGAGCAGUACGCAACAGCAUUUCUUCCUUUCAAAGAGGGCCCUCUUACCAAUCCCGUCUGCGACUUCCUCGGGUGGGAGAAGGCACCGCGAGCGGCCAUCACUCCCAGCGCAGCCACAGCGCUGGGCCAGCUGCCCGACUCGUGGCCCGAGAUCGAGUACCUGACAGCGCCAGGCUACGUCGGGGCCUUCACCAACCUCUUCCUCACCCAGCCCAACGACGGCUACCAGUACGCUACGAUCCUCGCCGCCCUGGUCGCGCCGCAGUCCCGCGGGACAGUGACCCUCUCCUCGAGCGACGUGAACGACCUGCCUGUAGUGGACCCAGCCUGGCUGACGGACCCGACGGACCAGUCCGUCGCGGUGGCGGCGUACAAGCGCACGAGACAGGCCUUCGCAUCCGACGCGAUGCAGCCCGUCCUCGCUGAUGCCACCGAGUACUUCCCCGGCCCUUCGGUGCAGAGCGACGAGCAGAUUCUCAACACGGUGCGCGAUACCCUCAUGACGGUGUACCAUGCGAGUUGCACCGCUCGCAUGGGCACCGCCGACGACCCGACGGCCGUGGUGGACAGCAGCGCCAGGGUCAUCGGCGUGCAGCGGCUGCGGGUCGUGGAUGCGAGCAGCUUUGCGCUGCUGCCUCCAGGUCAUCCUCAGAGUACCGUGUAUGCUUUUGCCGAGAAGAUCGCCGAUGAAAUCAAGGCUGGGAGGUAG